CGUAGCCGGGGGUGCGAAGUUUCGCUUCGCCUGACGCGGCUGCCGGCGCCGGGAGGACUUCGGCCGUCUCGCGUCCACGGGGCAGUGGAACCGCGUAAAGAACAAAACAAAGCCCGAGAGAAUAUUCGCGGCGUUCAAUUCGUUCCUUUCCUGGCCGUCCCAGCCCGCCGUGGUCUCUCAACGGUGCGUGUUGUGUGUACGCUGUCUUUCUGCGGAGACGCGCCUCCAGAGUACUGGCUCACCGUCUCGUGUGACCGUGGUGUCUUCGCCGUUCAAACAGGAUUCUACCGUCUCGCUGACGUCGUUGUCGCUUACGGGACUGCUGUCGUCGUCGGCGGCGGAGUCACUUGUGCGACUGCGCCCUCUGCUUAGUUUCCUAUGUACUAUUUUGUUUCCUUCACCUAUCGCUCACUUGACCAAUCAUCCGUGACGUCAGCGUUCUCUCACCACGGCUGAGUCGUUUUCGUGUUUGGGGGAAAAAAAGUACACCGUGCUCUCCCGAAGGACGUCCCUUCGCUGCCUCGUCCGCGUAGCACUGGUCAAACGACGCCGGUCGGUGACGGAGAUCCACGGACCCUAGAAGGUCAAAGCUACAACCCUCUUUGCCCGAAGAAGGAACGGAAGAAGAGGUCAGCGUUGGACGUCACCGCAAGCCUAGAAAACUGACAUCUACUCAAGAUGACGUGGGCCCGGUCGUCCACGGCCAAGAGGCCGCACGCCCUCGGUCCGGGCCCCGCGAGGGCCGACGCCCAGCGGUGCAGCCUCAGCGGGCAUCCCACCGCCUGACCGGCGGCCGUGCAGCGGCUGCAGCAGCCCCGGUGGCUGCGGUGGCGGCCAUGGGCGCCCACCUUCACCAGCAACGAACUCCGCUGCUGGGAUCCCGCUGCGCGCGCAGGCGCCGCUGGCGGGACCCGCGGCUCGUCUUCCUGUCGGCCAUCCUGGUCUUCGGAGGCCUCAGUUACCUGCAGGCGCCUUCCUCGCCCGGCUGCGGCACCGACGUGACCCGGCACGGCGAAAGCUUGGAGCCGCUGGGCCAGCUGUCGUGGAGUUCUCGGUCCUUGCUGAGCAGCCCCGCCGGCAACGAGAGCGACGGCAACGGCACCGCCGUCAAGAAGAGCGCCCAGUUCCCCCAGGACCUGUUCACCGAGGAGCAGCUUCGGCGGGGCGCCGUCAUCCUGCACGUGAUGGGCAUGGUGUACAUGUUCGUGGCGCUCGCCAUCGUGUGCGACGAGUUCUUCAUACCGGCGCUGGACGUGAUCACCGUGAAGCUGGACAUCUCCGAGGACGUGGCCGGUGCCACGUUCAUGGCCGCCGGCGGCUCGGCGCCCGAGCUCUUCACCAGCGUGAUCGGGGUGUUCAUCUCGUUCGACGACGUGGGCAUCGGCACCAUCGUGGGGUCGGCCGUGUUCAACAUCCUGUUCGUCAUCUCCAUGUGCGCCAUCUUCUCCAAGACGGUGCUUCAGCUCACUUGGUGGCCGCUGUUCCGCGACGUGAGCUUCUACUCGGUGAUCCUCAUCAUCCUGAUGCACUUCUUCCGGGACAGCAUCAUCUACUGGUGGGAGGCCCUGGUGCUGCUCUGCUGCUACGCCUCCUACGUGACAUUCAUGAAGUUCAACGAACAUGUGGAGAAGAUGCUCAAGAAGCUCCUCAAUCGCAACAAGGUGACGCGUGUGGGCAGCACGGAUCACCUCAUGCCGCAUGCGGUCAAGAGGAAGCAGUCAGCGGCGUCGGAGCUGCGCGCCCUGCGGCGGAUGCAGUCGGUGGUGCUGGAGGGUUCGGCGCCGGCGCCGGCGCCGGGCGAGGACGGCCAGGCUCUGCCGGCCCUCUCCGCGGCCGUGGCGGCCGGGGAAGGGCCCUUAGCGCCCCCGGCGCCCGACAGCGCGCUAGAGCCAGACAACGGCGUCGAGGACGACGACAGUGUGUAUCAGCCCCCGUCCCCCCCACCGAUGGCGAGGAGGAGAAUGAGCGCUCCCAUCCUUCACUCCGGCAGCAAGUUCCGGCACGGACUCCUGCAGCUCCUCAUCCACUCCAUCGACCCCCUGCACGAGCACGAAGGGGAAGCCAAUGCCAAGCUGGACGAGAAGGCGUCCCAGCUGCACACUAUCGCGUCCCUGCGCGUGUUGCUGGACGCGACCAAACCCGGCGGUGAGGGCCAGUCCUCCUCGGGCGUGGCCAACGGCGGUCCCCCCCCGGCCCCCCUCGGGGGCUGCCCUCGGGGGGGAACCCAGGAUGGCAGCAGCGGCUCCGCCGAGACGCGCCUCACCAGCCUCAGCAACAGCGAUGCCCUCGUGCGCGUCGACUCCGUCUCGAACCUACAGAGCGACUCAUCCAUAACGUCCAACCUGAGCGAGAAGAUGGCGGCGGCGAGCGGAGGCGGCGUGGCCAUUCUGCACCAGCGGCCGGCACCCAUACAGGAGUCCAUCGAAACGGCCAGCCUGCCGGCCGCCGGUGACGCCAUCGCCACCGCGCUCCCGGACUCCGGAUACAACAGCGCCACAGCAGCGCAGGCCGUGCUGGCGGCCAAGGAGCUUCCCCCGGACACGAUCGAGGAGACCAACGAACCGCUGAGUGUCGCCUGGCCGGACACGUGGCGCGAGCGGUUCAACUACGUCGUCCUGGCGCCCAUCAUCUUCCCGCUCUGGCUUACCAUGCCCGACGUACGCAGGCCGGAGAAAGUGAAGUUCGUGGCCGGUUCCUUCCUGGGCAGCAUCGCGUGGAUCGCCAUCUUUUCCUACCUCAUGGUUUGGUGGGCCACCGUGGUUGGCCACACGCUAGGAAUCCCCACCGAGGUGAUGGGCCUGACCUUCCUGGCGGCGGGCACAAGCAUUCCAGACCUCAUCACGAGCGUCCUGGUUGCACGCAAGGGCUUUGGCGACAUGGCCGUGUCCAGUUCCGUCGGAAGCAAUAUCUUCGACGUGGCCGUUGGGCUCCCGCUGCCAUGGCUGCUGUCGUGCAUGAUCUACGGGCCCGUGAAGGUGAGCAGCAGCGGCAUGGCCUGCUCCAUCUUCAUCCUCUUCAUGAUGCUGCUGUUCGUGAUCAUCACCAUCGCCCUCUUCCGCUGGCGCAUGAACGUCGGCCUGGCGAUGGUCAUGUUCUUCCUCUACUUCGUCUUCAUCGCCUGCAGCCUCAUACUCGAGUACGAAGUGGUCCGCUGCACCGACAUUAUCAACUACCUGAGGCUCCGAUGAAGACGUCCUCCGCACUGUGCACCCUCUCUCUUCACCUUCCUCGAAUGUGCGCGUAAUGUGACGAGGGAGAGGGAAUCGGGGGCCGUGUCCCCCACCGCAAUCGCCGAUGUAUCGGGGACACAAACGAUUCUGGACGUGCCACACUGGGAAAACCACCCGUUGCUCCUCAACGAUACAGUGGCGAAGGCUGCUCGGCCAUGCAGCAGCGCUUACAACGCUUGGAAGAGUUCGCGUCGAACGUGUGCCGUUGAGAACAGAGGUGACGCGACGAGCGAAGAGAGAAAAAUGCAUCGUCGAUGACGGUGAUGACAGGCCAAUCAUCGACUACGAUCGGCUCAGCGCGACAUGUGCUUCUGAGACGGAACUUCGCGGCGCAGAGGACAUCGCCUCGAAAGUCGGGGCAUCCAGUCAACUUUACAAGUGCGGUGACUGCCGCGAGACCAGUCUCUAGAAACUUGCGAAGUGAGGUCCUUUCGUAGGGUGUUUAAGUGCGGGAAAAAAAAAAGGGCAGCGCCUCGGCGCCGAUAGGUUAGCGAUGGCCUCACGUAUCAUCGUACGUGUGGCGAAAGUGGAAGAAAGAAAGUAUGCCAUCUUAUCGCAAUGCAGGAAACCAAUACGGCGAAGAGCGAGGAUAAUCUCAAAGCGUGUUAGUGCUGCAGCGGCCUUACAGUAGGCUUCCUUUAUGCAGGCCAGGCCACUCGGAGGUGUGUUUGACGAGCAGCCGGACCGUUUCCUGCAGCUGUCGAUGAGGUUUAGGUGUACAAUGUGUCGCUUAUACUAUAGUGUUCGCGCGCCUUCUGCAAACGAUAAGAGUACGCCGUUUCUCUCUGUCUUUAUCGCCUCGUAGCAAACCCAGAGAUUCAUCGGCUACCCACACAGCUGGAGUAACCGAUCACCUUGUCUCACGUUUGUGAGCAGCGCGACGCUUGUACCUCUAACGUCUCCUCGCUUACGUGCUUCGCUUAGUCAAUAAGGAGGGGACUCGCGCUCGCGACCAAGGCCGCGAAGAAAGGAAAUUCCGUGACGUGUAGAAUGACACACACACACAAAAAAAGUGUCCCCUGCUCCACUCCCAAUCCUCCUCCGUGUGCGUCAGGUGGAAGCAACGCUCGAUUCUCGUGUCAGGUCGGGUCUUCCAGCAACUCGCUUCCAUCUAUCUACGUCCUUUUUCUCUGUAUCGUGUGCUUCUGUUGGUCAGCGCCAUCGAAAUGUGGCCUCUAUCGCCUCGCUAUGCGGAAGGGGCCUCGUGAAACAAUUGCAGUCGGAACUGAGCUUCCCUCUUAAUCAGUCUAUAUAUCUCCACCCCACGCGGAAAUGCUUAUGGACGUGGCCUGGUGCAAACGUCUUCAGAUUAUUACCAAUAGAAAUCCACAAGAGUAAACACUUUCCUUCUACCGCUCGUCAUCCUAAGCAACAAUACUAAAGCCACCCGGGACCCACAUACGAGCAGAUCGGAUACACCGCUUGAAAAAAAAAAAUGUAAGCUUGGCGGCUCACAAGCGGUCCCCAAGCUUUCUGUGCAGGAUUACUGAGUUUUUUGAGAAGCUGAGAUGGUUCAAACAGGGACAAAAUAUAGCGCUGUUAUAACUUGACUAUGCGUUGGUUAGGAGAUGCUGUGUGUUCUUGCCGUUUUGAAGUCGAUACAGAAACAAAGAGAGAGAGAGAGAGAGAUCAGCGGAGUUCCGGUCCUUAAGUAAGUGCGCUUUGAAUUUGGGCUGAAUUGCUAUUUUGUCUUCAGCCCACUAGGCGCGGAAAUUAGCUUUGUUUUGCGAGUGUGCUGACAUCGGGCUGAGUGACAAGCGCAUAAGCGGUAGAUGUAAUGAGAGCGACACAAUAUUAAGAGAACCAUGUCUUCUGGCAAAUAUGCGGUAUCGAAUUUGAAAUAGAUAGCAUCAGCCCUAAUAUCUUGUCUAAGGGAUUCGGGGAAAUACCGUCAAUCGUUAUAACCGUGAUGCUUCUCGUUCGCUUCUUCAUGUUACAGAUGCUUCUUUUCAUAUUCAUUUGUGCUCGUGCUAUGGGAACGGAAAUGCGUGUUAUACAACGUGGUUAAGGCUUAGGGAAAAAAUGAAUUAGGAGCAAUUACCUGCCCUUUGGGUAAGUGUACAGUAAGUACUCGAAGCGCGUCUUUCAGUGCCAUAUAUAUAUGCAAAACGAUUUCUCAAAUAAGUUGUUGAUUAUUUUUACAGCAAGUAAAAAAAGAAAGAAAGAAAAGAACACGGCAUUCUUGCAUGAUCGAAAUUCUUACUGCAGCUCAGAUAACCACUUCAAAGCUGACUUUCAUUGUUUUCUUUUUUUUUUUUUUUUGAUAUUUCAUUGAAAUACUUCCUAUAUUUGCGUCCAGCAAUAUUGCUGCUGUUUUGACUACAAAUUAUAUAUAU